CAGCCGGGCCCGGCGCCGCUGGGCGGGACCCACGCUCCGGCCCCCGCGCCCGGCUAGGCUCGGCUCAGCCCGGCCCGGCUUGGCUCAGCUCACUUCAGCUCGGCUCGGCGGCGUGCCGGGAGGAAGCGCCGGCUGCGCGGCAGGCGGGCGGGCGGCUGCCGGCCGCUCGGCUCUCCCGCCCCCCGUCUCCUCCCCUCCGCCGCCCAGCCUCCGCCCCCUCCUCCUUCUCCUUCUCCUCCUCCUCCUCGCGGUGGCGGCGGCUUUCUCGGCCCCGGCUCCCUGCUCUUCCCCGCGGCUUCGCCUUGCUCCUCUUCGGGAGGCUCCCGCGCCGCGCUGGCGAGGACGGCACUGCUGCAAGGAGCCUCUGGGAGUUCCAGUGUGAAGAGACCUGCCUCCAUCUGGAGACCUCUGCUAACGGUGGAGACCUCCAGACAGGCCAGGUAGCCUUAGCAGGAGCUUGGAAAUCUUACAUCAAGAACCACCUGGAGCAUUACACUGCCCUGUUCAGAGCGUGGACAAGAGUCUGGCAUUGCGCUUUUACAGGGGAGCAGAGUUGAAAAUCAGCACUUUCAUUAGAUUUUUGAUUCAUGAUCGCUGCCGGUAGCAGAGCACAAAGGGAACAGCGAGACUCCCGCAUCUUUCAGCGAGAAGAAAGGAGUCGGCGGAGCAGACUAAUACGGACUUGUGUCGGGUGGCCUUGCCCUACAAAGGCUGCCUUUAAAAGAGAAACGCAGUGUUAUUUAAUGAGCUGUGAGAUGAGGCGCUGCUGCUAACGCUCAGAUCCCAGGAUUCAUCGGCUAUUCAUUGUGCUUAAUGUACAUGUUUCUGCACCGUGCAUUUAGGAGAUCCCAGAGAAGAAUCCAAAACGGCUGCGGGGGAAAGACCACCAAACAUGCCUACAGAAACACUACCGACAGGUAGCAUGGUGAAGCCGGUCAGCCCUGCUGUCACUUUCACGUCCGCCGUUCCUCUCCGCAUCCUGAACAAAGGACCUGACUAUUUUCGCAGGCAGGCGGAGCCUAAUCCAAAAAGACUGAGCGCGGUGGAGAGGCUAGAAGCCGACAAGGCAAAAUAUGUCAAGAGCCAGGAGGUCAUCAACGCCAAGCAGGAGCCUGUGAAGCCAGCGGUGCUGGCAAAGCCGCCGGUCUGUCCUGCGGCCAAGCGAGCUCUGGGGAGCCCCACCUUGAAAGUCUUCAGUAACAACACAAAGACCGAGAGUGGCGUCCAGAGAGAAAAUCUGAAACUCGAGAUUUUGAAGAACAUCAUCAACAGCUCCGAAGGCUCCAGCUCAGGUUCAGGGUAUAAGCACGGUCCCCGAAACUGGCCGCCCCACAGAGCUGACUCAACAGAGCUGAACCGACACUCGUUUGCCGAAUCUUUGAAGGUUUAUCCCACACAGGGCCGAAGCAGCCCACAGGAGAGCAGCUCCAACGUCAGCAGAAGGCUCCUAGAUCAGUCGGCAGAGACUUUCUUGCAUGUCUCUCACAGCUCUUCAGACAUUAGGAAAGUAACUACUGCAAAGCCCUUAAAAGCAAUACCCUGCAGUAGUUCAGCCCCACCUCUGCCUCCAAAGCCCAAAAUCGCUGCCAUCGCCACCCUGAAAUCCCCAGAGAUUGAGGCAGUUGAGUCUGGAUGCGGAGUUAGUAGAAGACCCUCCCUACAGCGAUCAAAAUCAGACUUAAGUGACAGAUACUUUCGUGUCGACGCAGAUGUUGAGCGAUUCUUUAACUACUGCGGACUGGAUCCUGAAGAGCUUGAAAACCUCGGGAUGGAAAACUUUGCAAGGGCUAACUCUGAUAUUAUAUCCCUCAACUUUCGCAGUGCAAGCAUGAUUAGCUCAGACUGUGAACAGUCUCAGGACAGCAACAGUGACCUUAGAAACGAUGACAGUGCCAAUGACCGUGUGCCAUACGGCAUUUCUGCCAUUGAAAGGAAUGCCAGAAUCAUCAAGUGGUUAUAUAGCAUCAAGCAAGCUAGAGAGUCACAGAAAGUGUCCCAUGUGUGAGAGAAAAUCCACCGUAGAAAAAGCAAGGACUGUAUCUUUGUCUGUGAAUAUUCAGUUGUGAAGGGUUGUGAAGUCUACUUGAAGUCUUGUACACUUCUCAAAUCUCUUUGUGUUGCUUGUUGUGCAAUGUUUCCAAGUUGCAUGCCUGUCAACAUGUGAGCUGACCUGGCUUCCACUUGAACAAUAACUAACUACAAAGCCUGGCUAAGCAUACACCUUAUCUGCCAAAAGUUUAAGACGAGAAUCUAAUUAGGGCUUCAGUAUAAUCAGAGUGUUUACAUUGAAAGGUUAUAUGACUUCUUUGGUAUUUAUGUGGUUCCUUGUGGGUUUUAUAUGUCACUUCUUGUCUUAAUACAGAAAUUGUCAACUGACGUUACUAGCUUUUAAGUUGAAACAGAAUCCCUUUUGGGGGGAGGAAGAGUAAAAUUGGCCAAAAUAAGAGGUUUAGGCAUACGACGAUAGGCAAAGCAGCCUUAUCUCUUGUAGAAAGUGCGUUAUUGGCACGUGUAAAACUGUUUCUGAAAGGCAAAGAAUGUUACAUUCUUAAAUUACGUAUCUCUGUUCAACUAUAUAUCCCUACUUGUAAGGGACUGUUCAGUAAAGGUUUCUUUUUUCUAGAUAGGCUCCCUCAAUUUUACAGCAGAAGUAGUUAGUGAAUCUGCUUGACCUCUCAUAAAUUAAAUGAGUCUUGCAUUUGGGUUGGUAUAAACAUUUUGAUGAUUUUGUGUUACCCUGUUGGAAAAGCUUAAAGAAGGUUGGAAUCAACAGAUGGAAAUGCUGCAGGUGUGGGAUUUUGCGAGUUUGUUUUUUACUCAAAGAUUCCUGGUCUUAAACUUUUGACGGGAAUGAUUAGAUCCUAUAGCUGAUAUUGAAUGCCUUUAUUAGUCAAACACAUCAUGACUACAAACUCCAUGCUGUCUGUUAAUUUUUUUUGUAGACCUAUUUGAACAGUUAAUGAACAAAAAUGGAAACACACAGCCAUAUCAAUAUAACACCUAUUCAGAAGUAAAUACACUCAGUAGCUUAACUAUAUCUGAAAAAUUGUGAUUAUGUUGUCUUGCAUAUGUUAUAUCCAAGGCUGUGAAAAUUUGUUACAGCUCUAGGAAAGUGUAGAAACAUGACAGUAUGUAGCUUCCCCCCCCACCCCCUCCUUAUGAUGGUUAGUGCUGCAGGUCAACAUGUUACAAAUCUUUUGACAAUCUGUGUCUUCCCAGUGGUUUAAUUAACUGUCAUUUCAACUGACAGUGGUGGUGUGGUAGCGGAGGGGUUGAAAGUACAGUGGUCUGCUUCAUUAUUAUUGUAAACAUGCUUUGAAGUAAAUUGCAGCACUACCUUAUACUUCAUCAGCUAAUAGGAAACUUUUUUAUUGUGUAAAUGCUGUAAGACUUUGUAUAUACUUCAGUUGUUACGAAAUCUUUAAAAGGAAGAGUGUUAUGCUAAUAAAUAGCUCCUGGUGCAGGUA